GCCCAUAAAACCCGCCGCGGGGCCGGCGCGCGCGGUCGGGUGAGCCAGGGCGCAGCUCGCGCUGCCCGGUGCUGCCGCCGUUGUCGUCCCCUCACCCUCCGGCCCCGCGCGCCCCGUCAGCCGCCGCCGCCCCCCCUGCCCCCCACCUUCGCUCAGGUUCGUGGUGAGGUGACAGCUGUUAACUAUGGCAUUCAACAAGAUUUGGUAUACCGUAGCCCUUGGACUUCUGCUGCCUUUUUCUUAUGCCCAUACGGAUUUCUUCACUUCCAUUGGUCAUAUGACAGACUUAAUUAAUACAGAAAAAGAUCUGGUGGUGUCACUGAAAGAUUACAUCAAGGCAGAAGAAAGCAAGCUGGAACAGAUCAAAAAAUGGGCAGAGAAAUUGGAUCAGCUGACAGAUACGGCUACAAAAGACCCAGAGGGGUUUUUAGGACAUCCUGUAAAUGCGUUCAAGUUGAUGAAACGGCUUAAUACAGAGUGGGGUGAGCUGGAGAGCCUGGUUCUGAAGGACAUGUCUGAUGGCUUUAUCUCCAACAUGACUAUCCAGCGGCAGUUUUUCCCAAAUGAUGAAGAUCAGACCGGUGCAGCAAAAGCCCUCUUGCGGCUUCAAGACACGUAUAAUUUGGACACAGACACCCUCUCAAGAGGGAAUCUUCCAGGUGUGAAGCACAAAUCCUUUUUAACAGCUGAAGAUUGCUUUGAGCUGGGAAAGAUUGCCUACACCGAAGCUGACUACUACCACACCGAGCUCUGGAUGGAACAAGCUUUGAAACAGUUGGAUGAGGGAGAGGUGUCUUCUGCAGAUAAAGUCUACAUUCUGGACUACCUGAGUUACGCUGUGUAUCAGCAGGGGGAUCUGGGCAAAGCCAUGAUGCUCACCAAACGCCUUCUGGAACUGGAUCCUGAACAUCAAAGAGCAAAUGGGAACAUGAAAUAUUUUGAAUAUAUCAUGGCUAAAGAAAAAGAAGCAAAUAAGUCCAGUACAGAUUCAGAAGACCAGAUGGACAAGGACACUGAGGUUAAGAAAAAGGAUUACUUGCCCGAGAGAAGGAAGUACGAAAUGCUGUGCCGUGGGGAGGGUCUCAAAAUGACACCUCGGAGACAAAAAAGACUCUUCUGCCGCUACUAUGACGGAAACAGGAAUCCUAGAUACAUUCUGGGCCCUGUCAAACAGGAAGAUGAGUGGGACAAACCUCGGAUUGUUCGCUUCCUUGACAUCAUCUCCGAUGAAGAGAUCGAAACUGUGAAAGAACUAGCAAAGCCGAGGCUGAGCCGUGCUACUGUUCAUGACCCUGAGACUGGGAAACUGACCACAGCACAUUACAGAGUCUCUAAGAGUGCUUGGUUGUCUGGAUACGAAAGCCCUGUGGUAUCUCGCAUUAACACGAGGAUACAGGACCUAACAGGACUUGAUGUCUCCACAGCAGAGGAACUACAGGUAGCCAACUACGGAGUAGGAGGCCAGUAUGAGCCUCAUUUUGAUUUUGGAAGGGUAAGUCCUGUUUCCUGUUUCCAUCUCUUUCUUCUUCACAAGCACUGUGUUUCUCUUUUUCAGGUGGCAAAUUAUGGAGUGGGAGGACAGUAUGAACCCCACUUUGACUUUGCACGGAAAGAUGAGCCAGAUGCUUUUAAGGAAUUGGGAACAGGCAACAGAAUUGCUACUUGGUUGUUUUAUAUGAGCGAUGUGUCAGCAGGGGGCGCUACUGUCUUUCCUGAAGUGGGAGCUAGUGUUUGGCCCAAAAAGGGAACAGCUGUAUUCUGGUACAACCUCUUUCCAAGUGGAGAAGGAGAUUACAGCACGCGGCAUGCAGCCUGCCCAGUACUAGUUGGAAACAAAUGGGUAUCCAAUAAAUGGCUCCAUGAGCGGGGACAGGAAUUCCGAAGGCCGUGCACUUUAUCAGAGUUGGAAUGAUGCAGACUCAUCCUUUGUCUCUUCUGUAUUCAGUUUGUGUAAAAUGCACACGUCUCCUACAGUUUACAAUUGACUAACACUCCACUACAGGUUCAGUCUUCAACUACACCGGUGUUUCAUCUGUGGACAAAACAAACAUGCUUUUAGUUCCCUUUAAAUAUCUCCUUAAGGUUUUAUGAACAGACUAUAUUAAGAUCUAUGAGUGUUACAGGAAAAAAAAAAAAAAAAAAGGACAAAAUACAGAUCAGGGCCACAACUAACAGUGGUGGUGUGUGUGGUGUUCCCUUCACCAUCGCCCCCUCAGAUCAGCGUGGCCAGCCAGUGAUGGUUUGCUUAGAGCCCUCCUCACAACCGUCAGUCUACUAAGGGCAGGGCGGGACGAUUCAAUGGGAGGGCUCCCUUCUAAGGCAGGCUGAAUUAAACCAGCUCAUAUUCCUCAAUUUCCAGAGGUCUGACUCCUUGCUUUUCCAGAGUACCUGACCACUACUGUUGAGAACUGCAGGCAUGGUUUGUGUUUCUCUGCGGAACAGGUUGUUACCAUGUUUUAGCCCAUUUUUCCACUUCUGCGAAAGCCCCAGUUUUUAAACUAUCUUCCUUCUCAGCCUCUGUGGGGAAUUUGGCUCUUAACCUUGCAAAUGUGAGCCAGCAGUUCCAAACACAUAGAUGAGAUGCUUCAGCAGUGUUGUGCCAAACACAUGCCUGCAUUAGAGCAGCCUGACAACAAUUAGAGCCCAUCUUCCCUUCAUUCUUUUUCUUUCAUGUUUGUCCACAUAAACAAAUGCUGCUUUUAUUCUGUCUUGGUAGUCAACUCUUACAUCUGUUCCUUGGGCAGUGGGGAUGGGAAUGUUACCAUCUUCAUUAAUCAAAAUAAUUGUGCCUUAGGAUACUGGAAUUUCAAAUUGGUUAUAAGGCUUCAGGUGAUGAGGUAAUACAUGGUCCUUGCAGAAUGCUCUCCACCCUUGUCUUCCCAGUUCUCAAGGUUCUGUGAGAAACAGAUGGCCUAUUUAUAAUCCUAAAUCUUUUGUAGAUGGUUUUUAUUUUGCCAAUGUUUUUCCUGCUGUGGACGCUGAAUGCAGGUCACAGCAGUGACAUGCCUUUAGUCACGGGGCGACUGUUUGCACAGGAUGGUUUGGUGUUGCUUACCUUGCAGAGGCUGCCUCUGCUGUGCGCCUCGUGCUGCCUCCCCUCUCUUUAGCUGUCACUGGCACCCGUGAGGGAGGAAGCGCUGGGAAGGGGCCUCCUGCAGAGGCUCUGGUGCUGCUCACUUCACUGCUGCUCUUCCCACGAGCCAGGGCUGGAGCUGUUCCGAUUCACGCCGCCCACACAGAAAAAGUGUCCCCCCAGUCAGCACUGCCCGCACUGGAAGAACUUGCUCACAGUGACUUUCAGGGACCUUAGUUUGUGACGCGUCAUCCUUACACUGAGAUGAAGCUGAAGCCUCUGAGGGAGAUGAGACUGUGGCUGCUGUAGCUGUUGAACUUUGGUUCUGCUCAUCAGACUCCUGUGGGAGGAAUAACUGCCGUCCCCCCCCGCUGCCCCCGGCACAGGAAUUGCUAAGCAGGGUGGGGAGAGGCUGCAGAGAGGUUCGUUCGCUUUCCUAAGCCGUUUCUCUUCAACAGCAGGAUUUUUAGCAAAAUGUCUGAAUAUUCCACUAGCACAAGGACAAGAAUCAAACUGAGCUGCACCAGAGUCUACCUAAACAGUCUGGUUUUCUGGAUGAUGAUGGUUUUACUGAUGUAGAGGUCAAGCCUGAAGUCUUUACCAAGGGAAAAAUUCCAAUUUUAGUUAAUUGGAUUUUCUGCCUCAAUACAAUCUUGAAAAUUGAGCCAAAACGUAGAUUAAGCCAACUGUUGUUAACAUGCUAGAAAUACCUCUGUAAUACUGAGAAUGCAGUUUAAGGUACUAUAGUUUGAGAAACUGCAUACUUUCAGAAGACACUUUAAAAAUGUUGCUGGAAAAUUCAUUGUUAAAUUUCUGCUGAGCCUGUUAGCAAUGGGACCUACGUAACUGUUUAUCCUUAGCCCUGCACCUUCUUGCAUUUGACUGUGCUUUUGGCAGAUGUGAAACAAAGUCCAUCCAGCACUUAAGAAAACAAAUAAAAAGAAAAUCAGAAAUAGUUCCACCUCACGUCUGUACUGCUCAUUUAUUCAAAAUAGCUGGUAAGCUAGAGCAGUAUCUAAUAUAUAAAUAGAUUCACCAAAGAAAUAGGUUAUCGGAGCAUAUUUUUGAUCGCUAAAUCAUAAUCAUUUAAAAAACCCACAUAACAUUUCUACUUACCGGAGUUUUCUCCCUUUCACACAGUGUCAUUCAUCUCCAUUCCUAUCCAUGGUUUUCUCUUUCCCAUCUUUUUUAGUCCUUUAAGCUCCAAAAAAGGGUAACCAUGGCUGCAGGUAAGUCCUGCCACUUUCCUGCAAGUAAAAGAAUACAGCAAACAACGUGGUCUUAGGAGUCUUGCCUUUGGGGCUCUGAUUUUCUCUCAGUAGCUCCAAGGCAACUGCUAAUGCUUUUAGAAAAGCCAGGCCUGCACAGUUAACAAGCACAAAAUAUCAGUGUAUUGCCACCACAAACACAUUUCGAAAAUGCAUCUGGUUUUGCUAUUACAGAAAACCUGGGGUUUUUUUCUAAAGUAAGCAGAGGAGUUACUUGGCAUAUUAAAAUAAUUACAAGCUAAAAGUUGUAGAAUUUACACAAGGUAAGAGAAGCAGUGAAUAAAAAGUGUCAGUGACUGCUUUAGGUACUGUUGUAGUGGAAGAAAACACUAUGGUCUCUUACAUAGUGGUUGGAGCAAUAAGAAACAAUAAUUUUGUUACAUUAAACAAGGGGUUUGGGGUUUUCCCCCCAUCUCUGUUCAACCAACACCAAAAGAUGAAUGACAAGCUUGAGAGAAGUUGUGGAAUGUCUGGGGAAGUUUGCUAAACAAUUACCUCCCUGACCCCAACUACCAUCAACUACUUCCAGUGUUAAAACAUCAUUUUAAAAAUGGUCUGUAAGAGGCAUUGCUUGGGGAGUAAAAGUAUUUUAGUGCAUGACUUUUUAAAGCGGUGAACUAUACUCAAUGACUUGCAAUUCUUUGGGGAAGAAAAUUAUUUUUUUGACAGUGGAACAUUUCACUUGGUUUAAAAAAAAAAAAAAAUCCCUCAAAACUAAAAUUGAAGUGUGCUGAGGCACAUCAGACCAAAAUGUUCCGGAUUAUUAGAAGAGAAAGGGUAAGCUUAUUUUUUUAAACUACAGACAAUCCGUAUUUCCUUUUUCCACUGCAGUAGUGUUUAUGCAACUAACACUAAAUAUGUAAGGGAUUAUUACACAGAUGGUGCUGCUGCUUUCUGCCUUACCCCUUCAUUUCUUAAAGGGCUUUUGGAUCAAGAGCAUGGCUCCUGUGUGAAUCUAGUUUUGUAUUAAAGAUGAUUGAAAACUGUGGCUCACAGUGACCGACAAUGGAGAAACUGCCUUACUGUUAAAAUUUUUGUAAUAAAAUCUUUAAUGUAAAAAAAAUGGGCUUAAAAUAAAAGCCACUGCCAUUAGCAGUGAAAAAUCCUCCA